CACCGAAGAAGAAACCCCGGAGCUGCUGCUGCUGCGGCCGUGUGAGCGGAGCUAACGUGAUGUGCAGAAACCAUCUCUGAAAGGUGCACAGGGUCAACACGAACUUUGUAAUCUCUGCCCUCAGAGCAAAUAACGCAACAUCAUCAUCACAUGGAUUCACAAGCGACGCCAGGACCAGUUAUAUGCGAGGUGUGUGGGAUCUACUUUGAUUCCCGCCGCGGGCUCUCCAGCCAUGCCCGUCUCCACCUCCGCCAGCUCGGCGUCACGGCGUCGGAGAACAGCGGAGCUCCCAUAGAGCUGCUCUACCAGCUCAUCCAGGAGAGGGACGGCUCUCUGCAAGAUCUCAAAUCCCAAUCCUCUCUGCCUGGGUCUACACCUGUAAAGAAAGACAAGACCCCCGCGAUGGAAGAGGAGACGAAUGCUUCUCUCCCAACGGACCAUAGAGUCUUGAAAACUCCACGAAAGAUGGAUCAUCAAGGAAGUUCAGUCCCGUCAUCUCCCUCCUCCCUCAGGCCAGCUGAAGGCAGCAGCUCGUCUUUUUCAGAGAAUCAAACGGUUACCAAGCCAAUGUGGGCGCCGUCGGACACAGACGCCCCCAUCACCUUAGCUUCAGAUACCAGUGAUGAGGUUCAUGUUUGCCAGCUUUGCGGCUGCUGGUACGAGACCCGGAAAGGUUUGUCUAGCCACGCCCGCGCCCAUCUCCGCCAGAUCGGAAUCCCUGAUAGUGAUAUAAAGGGAAGCCCCAUUGAAUUUCUGUAUAAGAUGAUGGAAGAGGAAGACUUCAAGCCCGUUAGCUCGGAGCAACAAGAGGAGCUCAGAGCCAACAGUUCUGCGAGGGGCUCUUCUUCCAAACGUCCCUCCGAUUUCUCCUCACCAUCCGCAUCUCCCGCUAACAAGCGGAAUAAAACACCCGAGGAUUGUACUUGCGUUUUGUGUGGGGAGGAAUUUGAGAACCGAAAAGGUCUGGCCAGCCACGCGCGCUCUCACCUGCGUCACAUUGGGAUGAGUGAGUUGGUGGGGAAAAGCUCUGCCAUCGAAACUGUCCAGGAGCUGGUCAGCAGUGGGAUGUUAGAAGCCGUACAGCCCCCCAAAACAAGCAGCGCUCCCGGUUCCCCCGCGGCGCGGUCUCUGGGACCGGCCUCUUCUGCAGUCCCAGCUGGAUCUCCGGUUCCAGGCCGGCCUUGGACCUCAUCCCUCUCCCCGAACCAGCUGAAGGGCUCCCAGUCCCCCCAGAGCCCCUCACACCGACCGCCAAAGGCUAAGAAAGGCUUUCGGCUCGCAGUGGACCCACUCCUUAGAAAACCUAAACCUGAGCCCGUAGAAACGGAGGUAUCUGUUCAACCAAAGGCUCCCAGCACCACCGGCAACUCACUCAUCCAGAAACCCACGACAGCAAAGCCCCAAAACUCAGAGACCCAGUCUCCCCCGACGGUUCUGUGUGACUUCUGCGGCCAGCUGUUUGAGACCCGUAAAGCCCUGUCCUGCCACGCCCGCGCCCAUCUCCGGCAGCUCGGCCUCACCUGGUCCAUCAGAACAUCUCCGAUCGAUCUUCUCAAAGAGGUCAUGCUGCACGGUGAAGAAAGGAAAGAGUCGGCACACGGCGGAUCUUCAGCACCCGCCAAAACCCCGUGGACCUCUCAAGGGUCCAAACGGUCCCGGGACAGCUUCCCAUCCGGGGAAGCUUCUUCCAACUCCUGCACUUCACCUGUUGAUUAUUCAAUGAAAGAAAAAUCCCCGUCUGUCAAGACUGGACUCUCUCAUGUAGACGCCACCUGUGAGGUUUGUGGAUUCGACUUUGAGAACCGUAAGGCGCUGGCCAGUCAUGCGCGGGCGCACCUGCGGCAGCUGGGCAUCUUCGAGUGGAAGGCAGACGGAGCCACUUCCCCCAUCGAGCUCCUCAGUGAGCUGAUCCGGAAAGACCCGGGCAAAGUGACAGAAAUAACCAGACGUUAUCGUUUUGGAGACCUUUAUGUCAAGAAGUCUCAGAGAAGUGCUGCACCACCAUCUGUGUCCACAGACUCUGUCCCCGCCAGCAACCCCAAGUCAGUCCUGAUGCAACACGAGCAGAAAGUGAGCAGGAAGGACCACGGCAGCAUCAGCGUGAGAACCGCCAGGGGGAUUCAUCCACCCAAACAUGGAGUGUCUUCAGGAGAGGGAGGUCGGGACGCCGUCUCCCACCAGCCCUCACGGUCCGGCAGCAUCCCCGCCCUGCUGCCGAAGCCCCCGCUAACUCCACUGGUUAAACUGGUGGGUAAAAUCUAUUCCCUCAAAUGCAGGUUCUGUGAGGAAGUGUUCCACGGGCCGCUGUCGGUCCAGGAGCAGUGGAUCACUCACCUGCAGAAACACAUCCUGUCCCUGGGCUACAAGGGCAAGGAAGCCCCUCCGGCUGCAGCCGUGGCGGCUACCGCGCUGGUCCCUCCCGUAGCCGUCUAGGCCACUGGUCCACCCCGUAGCCGUCUGGGCCACUGGACUCACCCCAGUUAUACAUUUACUGAUGUUGACUCUGAGAUUGGAGAAGUGGGGGACGGGAGAUAACAAGCAUGAAUGGCAGAUGUUCCCUGGAUGUUCCCUGGACGUCCUCAGGAGGGCAGAUGUUCCCUGGACGUCCUCAGGAGGGCAGAUGUUCCCUGGACGUCCUCAGGAGGGCAGAUGUUCCCUGGACCUCCUCAGGAGGGCAGAUGUUCCCUGGACGUCCUCAGGAGGGCACAAGUGUUCAAUAAUCCGGGAGGGGCCGUGUUUAUUGGCUCAGGUAAAACCAGCUUGAUACAAUAGACGAUGCUUCUGAUCAGCUUAGUUUUUAAUGCUAUUCCACCAUUUCUACCGCCCCCCCACCCCCAUAUGAACAGUUGAUAAAUGUUCUGUCCUCCAAUGAGAAAUCUAAAAAUGUAAAUCUUAUUAAUCUUUCUUACUCGAUCAGUACGCUUCACAUUUAACUUGUAUACCCUCUGAAAAGAGUUUUAUUUAAUGCAUUUAUUUGUAAGUAGUUUUACUAAGUGUGGAUUCAGAUUUUUUCCAAAUGGUAAUUUUUCUAUACAACACAAUCUCACAAAUCUUUUUACAUUUUGAUAUUGUCAUGAUGUAAGAAAAUAAGCAAUGCUUUCUGUUGUUGAUGAUUAGUUUGAUGUUUAUUGGGCCAAUAAUGUUCUUUUUAUUGCAUGCUGUUUUAUGUAAAUUAUGUCUUGAAACUAAACUAUAUUUUUUAGCGUGUGUUUUAAAUGUCCAAAUAACGUGUAAAUGUGAUGACCUGUCCAGGGUUUACACCACUCGAUGGGUGAAUGUGAUGUCAUUUACUUAAAAUGGUCACAAUAAACCUCUGUUAAAUUAAAUAAA